GCCGCUGCUGUGGCCGCCCCGAACCUGUGAGCGACGAGUUGUUGCUGACCCUAGCUGGCUAAAUCCCGAACGCAGCCCCACCCCCACUUCCCCCCCCCUUUUUUUUAAUGAAGUCUAAAUAAACCCCAAGCCGAGUUGUAUGUUUGUUAGCUGCUUUCUGCGGGAAAACCGGGAAGCCGGAGGGGACCGGACGCUGCUGCUGCUGCUGCCAUGGGGUGUUGCUACAGCAGCGACAACGAGACAGCAGACCAGGACAAUGAACGCAAGCCGCUGAUCACCCACCCGAACCCCGUCAGCAAGCCCCCAAAUGGCACAGACUGGAUCACCCCUACGGUGCCCUCAGCCCGAACGGAUGAACAGGCCCUGCUCACCUCCAUCCUCACCAAAACGGCACAGAACAUCAUCGAUGUGUCGGCGGCUGACUCGGUCAUUAUAGAGCAGCACGAAUACAUGGACAAAGCUCGGCAAUACAGUGCAAAACUCGGUGUAUUGAACAGCAGCAUGCCCCAGAAGAAAGCCGUGGCUCUGCCCUCCCUCACUAGCCAGCCCCACCAAGUGCUCGCCAGCGACCUGGUGCCAUACUCUGAUGUUCAGCAGGUAUCCAAGAUAGCGGCUUAUGCCUGCAGCGCAAUCUCCCAAAUCAAAGUGGACGCGAAAGAAGAACUCGUAGUCCAGUUUGCCAUUCCUUAAUCCUCCGACUCUGGCCUGCGUAUGUCUUCUCCCAUCAUGUGUGUGUGUGUGUGUGUGUGUCACUCCCGCAUCCUCACCCUUCACCCUCACCCUUCACCCUUCACCCAUUUAUCAAAGUCUUGCGCGUCUCGCCUGCGGCUUUAAACGCAGCGCAGACGCAGAACGACGGAAAGUAGCACCGCGACGGCCGCGUCAUCACACCGUACAGAAUCUUAGGUCAGUACGAAGUUGUCCUGCCUUACAAAAACCACAUUUCGGAAUUUGGCCUCCCCAUUUGGAUCGCAACUUCAGCCAAAAAUAAAACAUGGAAAGUCCUGUCA